UGGGAUUAAAGUCUGUCAUAUAGCGUAAUGAUUCUUUUCAUGUCAGUAGGUUGGGAGAGAAUUCUUCAAAGGACAAUAAAAACAGCUGAUUACUGUAAAGAAGUUGUCUAGCUUUUUGUUUGUUUGUUUUUCUCGUUAUUGAAAGCAUAUUUAUUCUCAUAUCUUUAAUAUUCUCAUAUCAUUCUGCAGAGCAUUACAGGUUUCCUUUUAAGGCCAUAUUAAAGAACAGAAAGAACCUUUAGUAUGCCUUCAUUUAACUUGACCUUGAAAUAAAGUUUCACUAAAGGAAUGCUAAAGGUUUCCCUCAGGGUAUCUUGUUAACGUAUUCAGUAAUGGCUAACUUUUGAAAGAAAAAAUAUAUUGUUUACGUUUCUCUGAUAUUAUUUGUGGUCAGGAAUAUUUGCUGUAUGCAGUGAAUGUGCUAAAAAGGAGAAAGGCAGUUGUCAGAUUAGAUUACUUUUGUUUAUUUAAUAAAGAGUAUAUGUAUGUAUAUGUCUUCUACCUGAAAGAGUAAUUUGGCUUUCAGGGUAUGUCCAUAAGCUUUUAAAGUUAAAUCAUUAAGUUCAUGCACUUUCAAAAUACAUAAUAAAACUAAACUGGAGGGGCAUGAGCUGAAAAAUAUAUACUUGAUAUCCAGCUUUAAUCUAAUUCACUAAAAAUUCCAGUUCUAGUUUGAAUUAGUUAGCUGGGUAUUUGAGGCAGUUAUCUCCUAGGGAAGGCUAAUUUGUCCCCAAAUCCUUGGUAAAUUCCAGAGUCUAACCCUCGGGCUUGCAGACUCAGAAACCUUGUUGAUAGUUUGAGAAUGGGUCCACUACUCUCCAGUACAAGCAGAUAAACCAAACUCAAGGAGAAUGGGAGAUUUAAAAACAGUCAAUGUAGUAAUCGAUAGUAGGAACUGUAACUCAAGAAGACUACAUACUCAUUUCCCUUCAAAAGCACAUUCUUUUCUGUAGGAAAUCUACCCAACAACUCAGUGAUAGAUAGUUUCUUGGUGACUAUAGAAUCAGACCAAGGGAAGUUUGGUGUGUUACCUUAAUGACUGGUGUCAUUUAUCUUUAUUUGAUGAAGAUAUGUCAUAUAGACUAGAUUCCAUCUUGUUUGUGAACUAGAACAUCCUGUCCCCUAAAUACUAUUAAGAGACUCAUAUUUGCUAUUUAAUACUUCUUUUAGGUGCUUCCCUUCUAACUAAGUUCCUACUCCCAUCCCCUCUAUUGGUGAUGGCCAAUCCUUUCACUGAGUAUUAUAUAGUGGAGACUCAGCCUGGGAGCAAUUCUCUCUUAAUAAGAGUGGUCGGUGAUGGUGGCAGUAUUUCCAAGGGGAAAAUUUGUUCUUUAAAAGCACGAGCUGUCUUGAUUGACAUGGAGGAAGGAGUAGUAAAUGAAAUUCUGCAGGGACCAUUGAGAGAUGUAUUUGACAGCAAGCAGCUCAUCACUGAUAUUUCUGGUUCGGGGAAUAAUUGGGCUGUGGGUCACAAAGUUUUUGGCAGUCGUUAUCAAGAAGAGAUUUUAGAGAAACUUAGAAAGUCGGCAGAGCACUGUGAUUGUUUGCAGUGUUUUUUUGUAAUACAUUCCAUGGGAGGAGGAACAGGAUCUGGACUUGGCACAUAUCUUUUAAAGGUGCUUGAGGAUGAAUUCCCAGAAGUAUACAGAUUUGUGACUUCAGUUUAUCCUUCUGGUGAGGAUGAUGUCAUAACCUCACCUUAUAAUAGUAUCUUGGCAAUGAAGGAACUUAAUGAGCAUGCAGACUGUGUGUUGCCCAUUGACAACCAAUCUUUAUUUGACAUCAUUAGCAAAAUUGACCUCGUGGUGAAUUCUGGAAAGUUGGGUACAACUAUAAAGCCAAAGAGUCUGGUUACUUCAAGUGCUGGGACUUUUAAAAAGUGGCAAGAGAAGCCUUUUGAUGCAAUGAACAACAUUGUGGCAAAUCUGCUGCUCAGCCUAACAAGCUCUGCGAGAUUUGAAGGGUCCCUUAAUAUGGACCUUAAUGAAAUCAGCAUGAAUUUAGUUCCUUUUCCUCAACUGCAUUAUCUUGUGUCAAGUUUAACACCCCUAUAUACACUGGCAGAUGUUAACGUUCCUCCUCGAAGGUUGGAUCAGAUGUUUUCAGAUGCCUUUAGUAAAGAUCACCAGCUAAUUCGGGCUGACCCCAAACACAGUCUCUACCUUGCCUGUGCCCUCAUGGUUAGAGGAAAUGUACAGAUCUCAGAUCUUCGCAGAAAUAUUGAAAGAUUAAAACCUUCUCUACAGUUUGUCUCCUGGAAUCAAGAAGGCUGGAAAACCAGCCUGUGUUCAGUACCUCCUGUGGGCCAUUCUCAUUCGUUAUUAGCUUUAGCAAAUAACACAUGCGUGAAGCCUACCUUCGUGGAACUGAGAGAGAGAUUCCUGAGGCUCUACAAGAAGAAGGCUCAUCUUCAUCACUAUCUGCAAAUUGAAGGGAUGGAGGAAAGCUGUUUCACAGAAGCUGAGUCAUCUUUAUCAGCACUCAUACGGGAAUAUAACCAGCUGGAUGCCACCAAAAGCAUGCCUGUGGAAGAUUUACCGAGACUGAGCGUAGCUGUGUGAAAAAGAAACCCAGAAAAUACAACACUUACUUUUUCCUAAUUUCACAUUCUUUUUGUCACCUUACCUUUCUUUUUCAGAUUUUUUGUGAUUCAGAAAGCCUAGUUUGUGUCGUUCAUAUUAGAAAGUAUUUUUGUCUAAAAGAGUAGUUUUCCUUUAAUUGCAAUUUGUUGAUGAUACCAGUCUGUGAAAUUAGCGAAGUCCUAGUGUCUUAACUUCAAACGUUUGUCUUUAGAAAUUUCCCCUUUUCUAAAAUUAAGGAAACAAACAAUUCUUCAACAUUUUAUUUUAUUUAUAGUCUCAUGUUUAGGCAUUUAUUUAUACAAUGAUAAUCAUGUCUUCAAUAAAAAUCUUGUACAGAUAUAUUUUUAUAUUUAUUUAUAAUUUAUGUUUUCAUAUUCUAUUUAAAUUCUCAUGAUUCUUUAAAAGUAAAUACAGAGAAUAUAAGAACACAUUAUAAAUAUUUCUGUGUAAUAUCCACUAACUUCAGGGAUGGUUAUUAAGUUAAUUGUUAACUAUUAAGGAGGUGUUCUUUCUUCUUUGUGUAACCACUUGUUUGCACUCAAAAGAAUCACACUUUACAUUUAUUUUAACAUGUCUUUUGUACUAAAUUAUUUUUAAAUAUAAUGCUUUUUUAUGAAAGCAGUUAACUUAUAAUAAUAAAUACCAGUAUUUUCAAACAA